UAUCCUCACGACUUGGGAAGGGCCAAGUCAACAAGAAGUCUCCCUGAAUCGGACGUGAAUAUACAUGCACACAAGUGCGUGAGCAGUUGGCCCAACUUCCUCUAGCUCUUUCCAAUUCAUCCAGCCUUGUCGAGAUGAGAAAACUAAUAUCAUGCUUCAUCCUUGCUUACAUUGCCCUGUUUUUGUACCCAACAAAUUUCAAACCUUCUUCAGGAGCUGCUGCAUUAUCGAUAGGGAACGAAACCGACAGACUUGCAUUGCUUGCCUUCGAAGACAGAAUAACACAAGACCCACUCAAUGUCAUAACCUCAUGGAACACCUCCACCCAUUUCUGCAAGUGGCAGGGUGUUUCAUGCAGCACCCGACAUCCAGGCAGAGUCACCCUCCUUAAUUUAGCAGGCAAGAAGUUGACGGGAUCAUUACCCUCUCAAUUGGGAAACCUAAGCUUUCUCAGAGGAAAAAAUCUCGAAAACAACAGUUUUCAAGGCAUCAUUCCACAAGAGUUCGGUCGCUUGACGCGGCUUAAAUAUCUCAAUCUCAGCAGCAACGCAUUCCAAGGGGAGAUCCCAACCAACUUGUCCUACUGUUCUGAGAUUCAAUUCGUCUACUUGAGCUACAACAAUCUAGUAGGCAAAAUUCCGGAGGAGCUGAGCUCUUUAUCAACAAACAAACUCAAGUGGAUUAAACUAUCUGUUAAUGGACUCACCGGCAGCAUCCCACGUUGGUUAGGAAAUGUGUCUUCUCUGCUUGACUUGAGAAUGGCACGAAACUACUUCCAAGGAACCAUUCCAUCCGAACUAGGGAGACUACGGAAUUUGGAAGCUUUGACUGUUGCGGCAAACAAUUUAUGGGGGGAGAUUCCUCCUUCUAUCUACAAUAUUUCUUCACUCCUUUAUUUAGAUGUCAGCAUCAACCAAUUUUACGGGAAAAUCCCGCAAGAUAUUGGCUUCAAUCUUCCCAAUCUUCUCGGCAUCAAUGUCGCAGUAAACCAGUUCACCGGUCACUUGCCGAUUUCUUUAUCAAAUGCCUCAGGACUACGACAAAUGGGUUGUACUUAUUGUAAUUUUACAGGAACCAUGCUUACAAAUCUCGGAAGCUUAAAAGACCUAGUAAGGCUCACAGUUGGCGGAAAUCAACUAGAGACAGAUAAGGCAGAAGGAUUCAGCUUUCUAACUUCUUUGACUAACUGCAGCAACCUCCAAACACUAGACAUAGCAGGGAAUAGGUUCCAAGGUGAAUUACCCGCGUCAAUCGCUAAUUUCUCAACGACGCUGCAACAGCUUUUGGCAUUUAAUAACCAGAUAUCAGGGAGCAUACCUGAAGGAAUCACGAAUUUAAUUGGCCUUACGAGAUUGGAAAUAUCCACAAACUCGUUUACCGGUGAAAUUCCUGAGGGUAUAGGCAAACUUGAAAGACUGGGGGUUCUUCACCUAUCCAAUAACAGAAUUUCAGGGUCGGUUCCUGCAACAAUUGGAAACAUCACAACACUGCAGCGAUUAAAUUUGUUCGGAAAUAACUUGAGUGGAAACAUUCCUCCAAGUUUGGGAAAUUGCAAGCAACUCGAGGUACUACACCUCUCCGGCAACAACUUAACCGGUUUCAUACCAAAGGAAGUUGUAAGCGUUUCUACUACUCUUUCUUUCAACUUAUCACAGAAUUCUCUGACCGGACCCUUGCCCAUGGAGGUUGGUAACAUGAGCAAACUCAUCGAACUGGAUGUUUCGAAUAACAGAUUGUCCGGAGAAAUUCCUAGUACUCUUUCCAAGUGUAUAAUGCUGGAGUACCUUAGUUUGGGGGAUAACUUAUUCAGAGGGAGAAUUCCUCAGGCUUUGAGUGCUCUAAAGAGCCUUCAAUUCAUUGAUCUUUCCAGAAACAAAUUGUCAGGUCAAAUUCCAGCCUACUUGCAGAAUCUCUCUCUUCUAGAAAGUCUCAAUCUAUCUUACAAUUACCUCGACGGCGAGGUACCACACGAAGGGGUUUUUAGAAAUACAAGUGCAUUUUCAAUUGUUGGGGACAGAAAACUGUGUGGAGGCAUAAAGAGUUUGGGACUUCCUUCUUGUCAAAUACCUGUAACAAAGAAAAGAGGAACAACUCUUGCCAUCAAAAUAGCAAUUCCAGUAGCUACUUCAUGUUCAGUUCUGCUGGCAUUUUUAUUAGUCUGUUUAUACAGGAACAAGAGACCAGAAAGCAGCCCUUCAACCAUGCCUCCCUUGGAUGAAAUGUUUAGACAAGUUUCUUAUGCAGAGAUUGUCCAAGCAACGAACCAGUUCUCAUCAUCUAACUUGAUUGGUGACGGACGUUACGGUUUUGUCUAUAGAGGUGUUUUGGGUAAUGAAGGAACGGUUGUGGCAGUGAAGGUGCUCAAGCUUACAGAGAAAGGAGCUGCCAAGAGUUUUAAGGCUGAAUGCAAUGCACUGAGAAAUAUUCGACACCGGAACCUCAUCAAGAUAAUUACCACUUGUUCAAGUAUCGAUUCCAAAGGGGACGAUUUCAAGGCGCUAAUUUUCGAGUUCAUGCCCAACGGAAGCCUUGAGGAGUGGCUGCACCAAAGUGAAGGUGAUCAGAAUGAACACCCAAGAAGUUUAAGUCUGACUCAGAGACUAAGCAUAGCAAUUGAUACGGCAUCUGCACUGGAGUAUCUUCACCAUCACUUUGGAGCAGCGAUUGUUCACGGUGAUCUGAAGCCAAGUAAUAUUCUGCUUGGUCAUGACAUGACUGCUCGUGUGGGUGAUUUUGGAUUAGCAAGCUUUUUGUCAGGUGGCCUCCCACCCACUGUUUCUCAAGCUGAAACAAGUUCAACUGGGAUAAGAGGAACCAUUGGCUACGUUGCUCCUGAGUAUGGCAUGGGAAGUAAGGCAUCGAUUCAGGGAGAUGUCUACAGCUUCGGAAUUCUCUUACUGGAGAUGUUUACAGGAAGAAAACCUACAGAUACGACAUUUGACGAUGGUCAGAACAUACAUCAGUUUACUAAGGCUGCAUUGCCUGAAAGAGUGAUGGAGAUUGUUGAAACUUCUCUGUUUUCAGAAGUUGGCGGUGAUGACAAUGACAACAAUACGAGGGAAGGAAAAAUCAAGGAUUGCUUGGUUGCAGUGUUGACAAUGGGAGUUUCUUGCUCAAUGGAACCACCGGGGGAACAAAUGGACAUGAGAGAUGUGGUAGCAGAGUUGUGUAGAAUUAGGACCAAAACUUUUCGCCAUUAGGAAAUUGAUUGUGAUGAGAAAAAAAGGAGGGAACAAGGAAAAUGAUUUUCUCCCUCUUGUUCUGAUGCCGGUCAAAGUUCUUGAAGUCAUUCAAGAAGUCAUUGAGUCGAUCGAUGAGUCUAUUUAAGUUUCUAAGUGUCUUUUAAGUUUUAAAGAGUCUUCCUAGUUUUUAGAAAGUCAAUUGCCUUUAUUUUUCAUGAAGUUCUAAUCUUGGAAAUCUAUGUUUAUUUUUCCUAUGUUGGAGAGAUAUUCCAACAGGUCCUGUAUAUAUCAUUUGCUAUGAAUGAAAUUAGUAGUUUUGAGUGUGUUUUGAGAAAACAUUUGCUUUAUCUUCUUGUUUACAGCUCUUAUCUCUUAGGUCGAUUCCUUAGAGUGGCGAGUAUAUACAGCUCUGUAUCUCUCGUUAAAUCCUCGAGUGGUGUUAUUCUGUAUUCCGUUGGGUUCCUAACAUAGAUGGUGAGCUUUAUCUUUUUACCCCUUUAUAAUUUUCUUUUCUUCCUUCCAAAUAUCCGCCAUCAUGUUCUAUACAGAAACAGGAAAUAAAAUACGGAACUCUCCAUCUUUCCUUAGACUAUUUCUCUUUACAUUUCCUUUCAAGUACCAAACACUGUCUCAACUUACUGGCAACAUACCUUCACUUUCAAUAUGCCCUAUCCUAAUUCCUAAUCAUAGUACAAUAUGAAUUAGGGUGAAAGGGACAAAAGGGGAGGCGGAUAGUGAUGACUAGCGGAUAAUAUAGAGAGAACUUAAUUUGGUUUAUGUUGAUAUGAAACAAAAGUAUUUUGGAAUUAGAUAUUUGAUCCCUUCAGUGGCAGAAAAAGGAACAUAUUUUGGCAUUAUCAUCACCCGUUUAGUUCUUCUACUACCAAUCACUGAAUUUCAAAUCUCGUCACUCUUGCAUGUACUCAGCGUGGAGGGAAGUUCCCUAACAAGAAAAAUUCCAGAUUACAUUAUUGGAAAGCUAUCGAACUUGAAAUGCCUGCAUUUUGAGUCAAAUCUACUGAUUGGGUAGUUUCACAUUUCCCUUGGCAACGACAUUCAGUUGUUGGGAAUUUAUCUUGAAAAUAACAGCUUACGUGGAAGCACAUCUUGAAGUUUAGCAAACUGUCAAAGCCUACUGACAUUGAACCUUUCUCAAAAUAAACUCAAUGGUACCAUACCUGAACCACUAUUUUCCCUUACCUCCCUCUCAAUAAUUCUUAACGUUUCACAUAAUUCUUUGACCGAGACCUUGCCGAUACGACAUUGGAAACUUGACAAAUCUCACUGCUC